CGGGCUGCGUUCUAUUUGCGCCGACCAACAUCACACCCCGAUCGUUCGAUUGAAACUUAUUGGAGCCUCUAUACAACCAAAUAACUUAGCGAGGAGCUCCUAUACUAUUGAAGUAUGGCUCCUCCUAAGGGGGGCUAUGCUCCCGACUUGGACAAGUUCCUCGACGCGUUGAAAAGCCGACCAGUCGACCAUUCCGUCGAAUUUCUCAUUUCCCUUCUUAAGCGACGACAGAUCCGAGGGUCCGAACCAUGCGCCAUCGCUACUGCCCAUGUCCUCCUUCAAGUUGUUGCUAGGGACAGAUGGAGUGACGUUGACCAACUCAUUGGGCGCAUUCAGCUAGUGGGUAGGAAACUCGUAGCAGCGCAGCCUCAUGAGCUAGUUAUUGGGAACAUUGUGAAGAGAGUCUUGGGCUUGAUUCGCGACGAGGCAGAAGAAGACAGAAACGAGACCGGUAGCGACUCGCAACCAGACAUGACCCCUUCCUUACCUCCUGCGAUCACACCCGCUCCGGUCGAAAAACAGCUCCGACCCCUAACACUAGCUACUCUCGGAUCAUUCGCUCGUACGCAGUCUAUGUUCAACCUACUCUCCGAUCCCGACUUCAUUCCCUCGCCUUCUUCUACACCCAAAUUAGGUUCAAACGCCUCGACGCCAUUACGACAUGCUCAAUCCACAAACGUACACGCACUUCGAUCAGAAGUAAUAGACGGGAUCGAAGAAAUCAUGGAUGAGAUCAGACAAGUGGACGAACAAGUUCAAGCUUAUGCCGAGAUCACCAUCCACCCAGGAGACUAUGUUUUGGUCUACCAACCAUCGAAAACAGUUCAGAAGUUCCUCGCAAGAGCUGCGUCCAAGAGGAAAUUUACGCUCUUUCUUGUCGUCGAUCCAUCCAUGGCCUCUGCUACCGAGGACCCGUACGCCUCUUUGCGAAAGUCUCUGUCAUCCGGAGGAUCGACCAUAAUCAACAUUAUGAACAUUGGUCUUACGGCCUACAUGACGAAGGUCAAUAAGGUCAUUCUUGGAGCUCGAGCGAUUACUAGAAAGGGAGGGGUCAUUGUCGACUCCGGCGCCGCGGCUAUCGUCCACGCAGCUCGAGAACAAGGCAGGCCGGUUAUCGUCUUGGGCGGGGUCUACAAGCUGAGUCCUGAUCAUCGGGCUCAUCACGAGACUUUUGUGGAAUGGGGUGACCCUUCCAAGUAUGUGAACUUUGCAGACGGCGCAAUAGUCGGCCAGGUGCGGGUUAGGAACGCCGUCGCCGAAUUUGUUCCUACGGACCUUAUUAACACCUACAUCACGAACUUGGGCGCCCACUCUAAAGAUCACCUGCAUGGAAUCAUCGGCGACCAUUACAACGACGAAGACAUCGGCUUCGAUCUGUUCGGGAAAAUCCAAAGAUGAGCCUCAUGGCGUCAUGUCUAAUUGUGAUCAUCUAGCGCCGAUCGCAUAGGGCGAUAAUCUGGAUAAUCUCGUGGGUGGAAGUCUCACCCAAUAUUGGUGGGUGUACCGUGUAUGGGCUGCCUCGGCAUGGCUGCAUGUCUAA